AUGUAUAUUUCAGAUACUGUCUAUGCCUCUCAAGACAAGAAGGACGAUCCUAAAGCAGGCGUCAAGUCGACUGCACUAUUAUUCGGCCGCUACGCUCGGCUGAUGCUACACAUUUUCGGAACCCUGAUGAUGGCCUGCCUUGCUGCUGCUGGUCUCAUGAAUAAACAAGGUACCUGGUUCUUUGUUGGGACUGGAAGCGCGGCUUCGCAUCUAUUCUAUCAAACGUUGCGGGUGGAUCUCGACGAUCCAAAAAGUUGUCUUCGUUGUUUCGAAUCAAAUGCAUGGCAGUUUGGUGGAAUUGUCUGGGCGGGUCUUUUUCUGGAUUACAUUACUUCAGUACAUGUCUGGUGA